AUGGUAAUCCCCAAUGGACACCCCAAUCAAGGUUGGCUCCGCGCCCCUCCUGGACCUCGGCCAGGGCGGGGCGUGGGCGGAUCUGUAGCCUCCGGGCGCUGGGUCCCUGCCCUCGCCUUCCACCGUGCAGGGCAGCAGCGCCCCCGCGGACCGCCGGGCGCGGCGCUCAGAGACCCGGCCCCGGGGCGGCGACCUGCGAGACGGAGCCGCGGCCGCAGCGCCCCGAUGGCGGAGCCGCUGACCCUGCUGAUUGGGGGGCUGGUUGGGGGGCUGCUGCUGCUGCUGCUGCUGCUGAUCUGGGCCAGCUGCCGUCUGUGGAGGCGGCUCUGCGCCACCCUCUCCUACGAGGAGCUGCUGGAGACGUCUGCCCAGGCCACUCCUGUGGCCGCCGCCAGCCAACAGGGGGACAGGCUCCCCCAGCCCCAUGCCAGGACCCAGGCGAGCAGGUCACCAGGUAUGCCAUUCGUGGUGCCCCCUUCCCUUGAAGGCCGAGACUGGAUGCCCCUGAACAGCAGAGAGAGGCUCCAGACCCCACGGAACCCCUGCCCGGCCUUGGAGCCCCUGCCCACCCCCUGCAGCCGUCCCCUUGGAAAGGCACAUGGACUGGGGGCCCUCAGCCCAGAGCUGUACAAGCUCCCAGAGGACAAGAGUGAGAGCGACUUCCCCACCGGCUGCCGGGGGCGGCUCUGGUUCUCUCUGGAAUACCAGCAGGAGGCCGAGAGGCUGCUGGUGCGCUUGAUCAAGGCUUGGCAGCUGCGAGCCCCCUCGGAGACCUGCAGGCCCCUGGUAAAGCUGCACUUGCUGCCGGACGAGCGGCGCUUCGUCCAGUCCAAGACCAGGUGCAAAUCUGCCGACCCACAGUUUGACGAGCACUUCGUGUUCCAGGUGUCCAGCAAGAGCAUCACCCAUAGGGUGCUCAGGUUCUCCGUGUACCACAUGGACAUCAAACACCAGCUCCUGAGCCAGGUGCUCUUCCCCCUGAAGAAUGAGACCCUGGCUGGCGACUGCCCACGCACCAUCUGGCGAGACCUGGAGGCCGAGGGCCUGGAGCCUCCCUCAGAGCUCGGCGACCUCCAGUUCUGCCUCAGCUACAACAACUCCCUGGGCCGCCUGACGGUGGUGGUGCUGCGUGCCAGGGGCCUGCAGCUCCGAGAGGACGGGGGCGUUAUGAGUGUGUUUGUCAAAGUGUCUCUGAUGAACCACAACAAAUUUGUCAAGUGCAAGAAGACUUCGGCUGUGCUGGGCUCUGCCAACCCGGUAUUCAACGAGACCUUCAGCUUCCAGGCCAGCGCUGCGGAACUGGACACCGCCAGCCUCAGCCUGACCGUGCUGCAGAGCGUUGGAGGAGCCGAGAGCCGUCCACUGGGCCGGGUCGUGGUAGGCCCCUACAUGUACACCCGCGGCAGAGAGCUGGGACACUGGGACGAGAUGCUCCGCCAGCCCAAGGCGCUGGUGAGGCGCUGGCACGCACUCUGCCGCCCCUUCCAGGCCUGA